AUGGGCUGCUCCAAAAGCAAGGAGGCGCGAGUGGUCGAGCGGCAGGCCGACGCUAAGGAUCAUCUCUUUAGUCCAACUUCGCCAGAAAGCUCAACCACCGGGGUGAGUGGUCACUCAGGGUCUGCCAGCACAGCCCUCACAGGCCCCAGCGCCCAGCUGCAGGCCUGGAUCGACAGCCACCCUGAGGUCACCCUCAGCAAGUCCACGUGCAAGCGCUGUACUGAGGUAAAGAAGUUAUUUAAAUCUAUAUCUGUUCCUUAUUUUUUGCUCGAACUUGAUCAAGCAGAAAAAUAUGAAAUCUACAAGUUAACUAGUAAUAUCCCCACUGUACAGAUCGAAUCUUUCGACAAACAUUUUUUGAGCAAUUACUAA